CGCCCCCCGCCUCCCUCCCCGGCAGCCCGCAGCGAGACCCACCGCUCCCCAGCACUUUUUUGGGCCCGAGAUAUGGCAAUGGUAGUUAGCAGCUGGAGAGAUCCGCAGGAAGACGUGGCCGGGGGCACCCCGAGCGGCCCCAACCCUGCCGCGGCGCAGCCGGCCCGGGAGCAGCAGCCCCAGCAGCAGCAAGGUGGGGGUUCGGCAGCCCCGCACACCCCGCAGACCCCCAGCCAGCCGGGACCCCCUUCCACGCCGGGCACGGCCGGGGACAAGGGAGCGGGCCAGCAGGGCUCGGGGCAGAGCCAGCAGCACAUCGAAUGCGUGGUGUGCGGGGACAAGUCCAGCGGCAAGCACUAUGGCCAGUUCACCUGCGAGGGAUGCAAAAGUUUCUUCAAGAGGAGCGUCCGCAGGAACUUAACUUACACAUGCCGCGCCAACAGGAACUGUCCCAUCGACCAGCACCACCGCAACCAGUGCCAGUACUGCCGCCUCAAGAAGUGCCUCAAAGUGGGCAUGAGGCGGGAAGCGGUUCAGCGAGGAAGGAUGCCGCCCACCCAGCCCAACCCUGGCCAGUACGCCCUGACCAACGGCGACCCCCUGAACGGGCACUGCUAUCUCUCGGGAUACAUCUCCCUGCUGCUGCGGGCCGAGCCCUAUCCCACUUCCCGCUACGGCAGCCAGUGCAUGCAGCCCAACAACAUCAUGGGCAUCGAGAACAUCUGCGAGCUGGCCGCCCGCCUGCUCUUCAGCGCCGUCGAGUGGGCCCGCAACAUCCCCUUCUUCCCCGACCUACAGAUCACCGACCAGGUAGCUCUGCUGCGGCUCACCUGGAGCGAGCUCUUCGUCCUCAACGCUGCCCAGUGCUCCAUGCCCCUCCAUGUGGCCCCGCUCCUGGCGGCCGCCGGCCUCCACGCAUCCCCGAUGUCGGCGGACCGCGUCGUCGCCUUCAUGGACCACAUCCGCAUCUUCCAGGAGCAGGUGGAGAAGCUGAAGGCGCUCCACGUCGACUCGGCCGAGUACAGCUGCCUGAAAGCCAUCGUUCUCUUCACCUCAGACGCCUGCGGCUUGUCGGAUGCUGCGCACAUCGAGAGCCUUCAGGAGAAGUCCCAGUGCGCGUUGGAGGAGUAUGUGCGGAGCCAGUACCCCAACCAGCCCAGCCGCUUCGGGAAGCUGCUACUGCGGCUGCCCUCGCUGCGCACCGUCUCCUCCUCUGUCAUCGAGCAGCUCUUCUUCGUGCGCUUGGUAGGUAAAACCCCCAUCGAAACCCUCAUCAGGGAUAUGCUACUGUCGGGGAGCAGCUUCAACUGGCCUUACAUGUCCAUCCAGUGCUCCUAGAGCCCCGCCCGCACCCCCGGCAGAAACGCGGAGGAGCGGCAGAGGCGGGAGCGCUCGCACCGAGGAGCAGUCGGGGUGCGGGGGGGGGGCCCGGGAGGCGGACACCGAACAAAAGAAAGGGCCGAGUAGGAGCAGAGGUGUGGCCGUGGCGGGGAAGGACGGGCCUCGCGUCCGUAGAGGUCGUGGUGUUUCGCUUUUUCAUUUUAUUUUUGGCCUUUUUUUUUUUCCGGAAAGGAGGACAAAAAAAUAAUAAUAAUAAUAAAAGAGAUGAAAAAGGAAAAAAAAAUAAAAAAUAAAGUCAAAACAACAAAAAAAUGAGUAUUGAGGGGAUAUUAAUCACACUUGAAGGGGAUACUGGAUUUUCCAGGAUUUAUUGUGGACUGUUGUUGAUAUAUUCUGUACAGUAACAAACAAGACGCGUCGAAACUGAACUGAACCUUGCGUAGAAUGAAAAAAAAAAAGAGCAAAAAAACAAACAAAACAAAACAAUUCCACACGCAAACACUUACCACGAGCAUUGUUACUCAUUUUGUAAAAUAUUAGUCUUUAUUUUCAUUUUUUGUAAAACUUAAAACAUCAUAUGCGCAUAAAGGAAGAAAAAAGAAAAAAAGAAUUGAGAAUUAGGGGAAAAUAACAUUUUCCAAAUAAUUAUAAAAAAAAAUUGUCCUGUGUCUAUGUAUCUAUAUCUGUUUUGUAUUUUUUUCUGGUUCCAAACCAGGUUUCCUGUGAUUCUAUACUAAUAAUUUUUGAUAUAACCCUUUGCUUCUUAUAAUGAGUGCGAUAUCUGUUGUCGAAGCUGUUCUUCAAGAAUUAAAAUUGAAGUGAGAAUUUAAACAAAAAUAAAAGAAUUUAGCAAAAAAAAUCAACUUAUCAUCCCACAACCC